CGCGUAUUAGCAGCUUAGUGGCUUAAUCUCACAUUGUCUUCCACCGUCACUCUACAUUUCAGAAGAAGAGAGAGAGAAAUUGGCCUCACCAUUACAUGCCGUCCUACACGGCGCCUCCGCCAAAUUACUCUCCAGAAUGCCCCCAGGAUCCAACUGGGGCGGUGGAUGAGCCGAUCUCUGGCCUUCAGAUCUUCAUCAUCCCAGCAGCGGACACGUUGACCUUUCAGAAGGGCUAUCUAGGUGCUGAAGGAGAGCGCGCCGCUAUCGAGGGAGAGAUCCAUGUUAAGGGUGCCCAGCCAGGCCAAUGGAAAUAUGUCACUAUGGCUCUUCGCGUCGUCGAGUCUGCGUUUGGCCAGGAAAUUGAGCUGGGAUCAUCAGAAAUAAACCUAGCCUCGUUCACGGGGACGUCUGACUCGAUGUCAUCCUCGACGUCAUUCGCAAUACCCCUGACAUCUGAUGCACCCCAGUGCAUUCAUACACCUCAUUCGUCGCUGGAAUACGCACUCACGGCGACUUUCCAUCCUACAAGUCCGUCUGAGCCAGUCAUGUCAAAAAGGAUUGUCGUGCAUACGCGGCGUUACACUUCGCAUUCUCAUGCUGUAGAUACGCUUCCAGAAACCCACGUUCUGGAAAGUCCCUCCCGUGUCGAAGUCCAAGUUCCUCGCACGAUAUUCCGUGCCGGAGAAUCCAUCCCAGUCUACGUUACUGUGCCUCCACCGACCAGGGAGCUUAUGCUGCGCGAAGGACUUAGACUCCGAAACGUGAAAACCGAGAUUGUUCGCAUCGUGAGUAUGAAAGGGCCCGAUGAUGGCGGUGAUUUUGAACCUGGUACGCCUUAUGGUCAACCCAUAGUAGACUUGCCACCUCAGGUCGGGCCUUCAUCGGUGACACCCACUCCGCCCGCGGAGAAACCUCCGAUCACUUCUCCUGGAUCGGCCUAUAGUACAGUAACUUCACGCUCAGGUGCAUCCUGCAGAUUUCACUCCUCUCGACCUGUGCGGCUCCGUCUCAUCCUGCAUCAAGCUUCGCCAUCUGCGUCACCAGUAGAUUAUCAGACGAGUUUGCCCGAGGGUGACUACAGCAGUCUUGACAACGAUUUGCAAUGCAUUUCCACCACUCAAUCAACCCUCCUACAUUCAGUCUCUUUCCUUUUGAACGUCCACAUUUCAUUCGUGGACACGACCAGUAGGACGGAACGGCUCAUGACUGUCCCUAUCCCAUUAACUAUCAUUCCACCCCCAGCGCCGCUGCCUGAAGUCGAAGAAUGGGUUGACGCUGCAUAUCAGAAAAAACAUGACCGUCCACCUUUGAGGACAGUUCGUCAAGAAGAUCCAGAACCAUCUAUUCCCUUAUAUCAGGAAGGAGAAGCGGGUCCGAGUUAUACUCAGAGCGGUGCCCCUCCCCCUUUUGAAGACCGCGAUAUACCACCUCCACCAUUCUUCCAUUCUAUGCCUUCUACGUCCAAUGCCCCUCCAAGCUUCCAGGAAUCCGAGUCUGAAAUAUUUAUUUCCUCAGACACAACGGACCAGGAGGAACCUGCAACCACAGGACUCAGCAUCAUCGGCGAGGGAAUUAUGUUUGGAUUCGCUGCAUCAGAGCAGUUUGAUGGACAUUCAGAUACGAUGCACCGCUCAUCAACUCCACCUCCUUCGGUAGAGAUGGCAGAGCGAGAUACAGAUGUGACAGGAUUUGCUGACAUCGGAGCGCCUGUCCCAGUCUUUGAGGCCCUGAAUAUCGUCGUAGAUGAUCGUGCCCCCCGCUCUGGAGGUGAACCCCCUCCUCCUCCACCUGCAAUGGAUGAUCCGUCAGAUCCUCCUCCUUCAAUAGAUUCCGACUUCAGGUCGCCCACGGUCCGGGUCCCUGUGCAAUCCCACUCACCUCCCCUUGCUCAUCAGUCGUACAGUCAAGCUCCCGCGACUCGUGAUUCUCUACACCCUCCCAGUGACAUCUUAGAUCAUUCCUCCUCACAUGGGCAUGCGCCACCGCCUUAUCUUGUUCCUGGUAGUGAUCCUGACCAGGAGGAACAUGUGACACGACCACCUCCGUAUAUGGAUCUGGUCCCCUCUUCGUCGUAUUUGAACAGCUCGAUUCACUAAAUGGACUUCAUUACCAUUCCAAUUUGUGUACCUCUUAGAACUUACUGUUACCUCAAAUGUGCUCUGCUGCAACUGUAUUUAUAAGUUAGUAUCGAACUGUACCGAGUCCA